AUGCCGACGCUGGACCAUUGGCAUGGGCGCGGGUGUCUUGUAGCUCGUGGCAUUCUGAUCGACUACAAAGCCUGGUACGAGCAAAAAGCCGUGGCAGAAGGCAAAUCCGGCGAAGAAGCCAUCUGCCAUCCUCAUGAUGGGCAUCGCAUAGGUGUUGCAGAUAUUGAGGCUAUAGCCAAGUACCAGAAUGUUGAAUUUCGGCCUGGCGACGUGUUGAUAGUUCGUACCGGAGAAACCGAGAUCUUGGAAGCAGGUACGCCCACCAGUUUUGCAAAGCUACAACAGAAGCUGCAAGUGUCUGGCGUUGAGGGGAAUAUGGCCACGGUAAAGUGGCUCUGGAACAAACACUUCGCAGCAGUCGCUGGUGAUGCCAUGGCAUUCGAAGCAAUUCCACCACUUAAGGAGGAUGGAGAGCCUGCUGGAUUUGAAGGCCUUGGUAAAUGGACCUCUAGUAUAGAUGGCUCAUUCGAUGUGCAAAGCUAA